AUGACGGGAAAAGACUUCACCUGUGUUUGGUUAGAUAAUCAAUUACUACGUUCGGAAGAAUAUCGUGACACUCAAGAUGAAAUACGACAGUUAUUCGAGAAUUUCAAAGAGUUUAGCAAACCUCAACAAUGUCUGGAUUUCAUUACAAAUUUCUCCGACGGACAGAUACUUCUGAUUACUUCGUGUAAUCUAGCAAAGAAUCUUCUUCUGAAAAUUCAUUCUGACAAACGAAUCGCAUCGAUUUAUCUAUUCUUUUCAUCAAAGACAACCGACAACCAAUGGACGAAAGAUUAUCCGAAAGUCAAAGGAGUCGUUUCUGAUAUCAGAUCAAUUCCAAGCCGAAUUCAACAUGAAAGAAAUCGCGAUCCAAUCGCAUUGUCAUUCGUCUCAUCGACGGAUAUCAUUUCAUCGGGUGAAAAUCGACAAGAUCCAUCGUUUAUGUAUUUUCAACUAUUGAAAGAAGUUCUUACACACAAUUAUCUAUUAGAAUUGGAUCAACAGAGUAAAGAUGAGAUGCUAGCCUAUUGCCGAGAGGUAAAUGUUCACAAUCCAACGGCGAUCGUCAUUCUUGACGAGUUUGAAAAAAAUUUUAUUCCUGAACUUGCGAUCUACUGGUAUACGAGAGAAUGUUUUCUCCAUCAAAUGUUGAACCAAGCUCUAUGGAAAGUCGAAAUCGAUGUUCUUUAUCGACUGAGAUAUUUCCUACGACAUCUGCAUAAGCAAAUUGUUGCCGAAGGCAAAAAACAACGAGCUAGUCUAUCGAAAAUGAUCGUUUAUCGCGGACAAAGUAUAUCCGAAGAUCAAAUCGAGAAGAUAAAAAAUAAUCUCGGAGGUUUUCUUUCAUUUAACAAUUUUCUCUCAACAUCAUUACAGAAAGAUAUCGCCUUGAAUUUCCUUUUCGGCUCCAAAGUCGGCGUUUUAUUCGAGAUGCAUAUCGAUCCAUCAGUACAAGAUAUUCCAAUCGUCAACAUCGAACGUAUUCCAUAUCUGCAAACAGAAUUUUGUGAGCAUGAACUAUUAUUUUCCAUGGGUAGUGUCUUUCGCAUUGUCGAAAUUACGCAAGAGAAUGAUUAUUAUCGUGUGAAAUUAACAUUGAGUGAAAAUAUGGAUGAACAAUUAGCAGCAUAUACGAGUGUUACUCGACAACAGAUUGGCUUCACUCAUUGUUUCUUAUCACUUCUGAGAUUGAUGAAUCAACUGUCCGAUUACACUUAUCUCGAUCGAUUUGCUCAAAUUCUUCGUAAUGAUGGAAUGUUAAAUAGUAAUAUCUUCGUAUCUGCUGCUAUCUAUCAAUUUUUUGGCUUAAUUUACCUUAAUCGUGAGCAGCUUAAAGAGUCAUUAGAGCAUUCCGAAAAGGCUCUGGAAUUUUACUUGACAUAUCUUCCUGCUGAUCAUCAGAACCUGACACCAGUCUACAAUAACAUUGGAUGUGUUUAUUUAGCGCGAUCGAAUUAUGAAAAAGCAUUGGAAUACCAACAACUAGCUUUAGACUGUCAAAUCGGUUCAGAUCAACCAGAUUUAUAUUCGGUUAUUACUUAUACAAACAAUGUUGGUAAAAUUUAUUCACACCAAGAGAAAUAUGAUGAAGCAUUGACAUAUCAUAAGCGUGCUCUCGAGUUACAACAACAAUUCUUAGGUGAAAACAAUCCGUCAAUCGCAGAAACUUACGGAUAUCUCAGUUCAGUAUAUCGAAAUCAAGGAAAUAUAGAGCAAGCCAAUCUCUAUCGAGAGAAAGCCAAUGCAUUAGAAGAAAGUUCAUUGAAAUUGGAUCCAAAAGCUGCAGCUGAUCAUUCGAUAAAACUUGGUUCAAAAUCUCUUUCACGAAAACAAUUUCAAGAAGCAUUGAGCCAUUUUCAACAUGCGUUAGACAUUCAACAACAGUAUUUCCUGCCAAAUCAUCCAUCCCUAGCCAAAACAAACAAUCUUAUUGCUAGUACAUACUUUCAACAAGAUCGCUUCGAAGAAUCGCUUCCCUUCUAUUUAAAAGCAUUAGAAAUUGAACAAAAUUCCCUAGCAAAUGAUCAUUCUUCGAUUGCAACUAGUUAUCAUAACAUUUCAACGGCCUAUAUGGGUCUAAAACGAUGGUCCGAAGCUGAAGAAUAUUCGUAUAAAUCUGUCGAACAAUCAAAAAAAACUCUCCAGACUGAUGUCAAUGCUAUAGCACUAUUUACUCAUAAUCUUGGACAUAUAUAUGACAAACAAGAAAAGUAUGAAUUGGCAAUCAUUUCCUAUCAAGAAUCACUCGAAUUGUAUCUGACUCAUCUGAAACACGAUGAUCCUUCGCUAUUGAUUGUUUAUCAUCGACCUGCUCGAGUGUAUUUUCAUCUGCAAAUGUACACCGAAGCUUUGAUUCUCUAUGAAAAAACAUUGCAUAUCGCAUUGAAAAUCUUACAGCGUCAUGAUCAACAAAUUGCGACUUUAUAUUUUGAUCUUUCUCAAACGCAUUUGAAAUUAAAACAAUUCGAUGAAGCAUCGAUUGCUUGUGAACAAGCCAUUGAACAAGCGCUCAUGACGUUGCCGUACAAUCAUCCUCAAAUAAGUCAGUACAAGAAUCAUUUGGAUUCCAUUAAACGCUAUCAGGUUUUUGCCUCGUUUUGUAUCGAAGAUGGAAAGAGAAAUAAAUAA